GCUUUUGUUCCUCUAGGUUUCGAUCUAGCAUAUACACCAGUCGUAUCUUGGGUGAUAAGCACACAGUAUUUUCUGUAGGAGUCUUACCCAUUCUUUGCCUAGAUAGACCAUAGCUGCACAGGGAAACAAAGCCAUUUGCCCAUUCACUGAAGUCUUGCUUACCCUAAGCUGUCUUCCAUAUUUGACCCAGGAUUGCAAAGAUAUGGCCUCCAGAUAGAAAACUAAUUUGUGGACUGUCAUUUGCUGAGUAUAUGAGGCAUUUGAAGAUUACCUUUACAUUCUAAGACCUUCAAUCUGACUUGUUUGUGGAAUUUUACCUGAGAAAAGGGAAAGGCCAGUAACAGUCAUGCCCGAAAUGCAAUCUGACUAGGGAGAAGAAUGAAAGGUUUCUGGGCAGAGGUCAUAUGUAGACAACGUGUUAAUACUGGAUCUGAAAAUGCUUGUGAAAAGACUUCAUUUAUGUUUCUACGACAAGAGUUGCCUGUGAGAUUGGCAAACAUAAUGAAGGAAAUAAGCCUGCUUCCAGACAACCUCCUAAGAACACCUUCAGUUCAGCUGGUGCAGAGCUGGUAUGUCCAAAGUCUUCAGGAGAUCCUUGACUUUAAGGACAGAAGUUCUGAAGAUUCAGGGGCUAUUCAUAGUUUUACAGAUACUGUGAUAAAAAUCCGGAAUCGACACAAUGAUGUAAUUCCUACAAUGGCUCAAGGAGUAAUAGAGUACAAGGAAAGCUUUGGCAUUGAUCCAGUGACCUCACAGAACGUGCAGUAUUUUUUAGACCGUUUCUACAUGAGUCGCAUUUCAAUUAGAAUGCUUCUUAAUCAACACUCUUUACUGUUUGGUGGGAAAAUUAAUCCAGCUCAUCCAAAACACAUUGGAAGCAUUGAUCCUAGCUGCAAUGUUGUUGAAGUUGUUAGAGAUGGCUAUGAAAGUGCCAAGAGACUUUGUGAUUUAUAUUACAUGAGCUCUCCAGAACUCAUCCUUGAAGAGUUGAAUGCUAAAUCACCAGGACAGCCCAUGCAAGUGGUCUAUGUACCAUCACAUCUUUAUCACAUGGUUUUCGAACUUUUCAAGAAUGCAAUGAGAGCCACCAUGGAACAUAAUGCUGAUCGAUGCAUUUAUCCUCCAAUUCAUGUACACGUCACGUUGGGAAAUGAGGAUUUAACUGUGAAGAUGAGUGAUCGUGGUGGAGGUGUUCCUACAAGGAAAAUUGACAGACUGUUCAACUACAUGUAUUCAACAGCACCACGUCCACGUGUUGAGACAUCACGAGCUACACCUUUGGCUGGAUUUGGUUAUGGCUUACCCAUAUCACGUCUGUAUGCACAGUACUUCCAAGGAGACUUGAAACUGUAUUCCUUAGAAGGCUAUGGAACAGAUGCAGUUAUUUACAUAAAGGCCUUAUCAACAGAAUCCAUUGAAAGACUCCCUGUAUAUAACAAAGCAGCCUGGAAACAUUAUAAAGCAAACCAUGAAGCAGAUGACUGGUGCGUGCCAAGCAGUGAGCCAAAGGACAUGACCACUUUUCGCAGUAUAUAGCUUUUUCCUCAACAGUUCAUAAGAAGUAGGUAUGUCUGUAAAGGGAAUUUAAAAGACCUGAUUUACACCAAGAUGCUGAGCCACAUUUGAUAUGUGAAACUAAUUUUAAGUGGAGUAACAGAAGUUUAAUUUUUUUUUCUUUAAUUCCAGAAAAGAGUAAAGCCAAGAAAAAACCCAAACCUGUACAUACUUUUAAACUUUAAGAGAGAAGGUCACACUUUAUUUGUUCCACUUUCUAUUUAUGACUACUUUCAGUAGCCAAGUCAAGGGAGCAAUAAUUUGGGGUUUUAUAGGGACCAAGGCAAUCUAUAUCACAUCUGGUGAGAAAUGUAUUAAUUCAUAUAAUUACAAAACUGUUUUAAUAGAAGAACUAUUGAAAAAGCUCACCAGACCAUUUUUCCAUUAUACAAUAUUACAGAUUAAUUAAAAACUCAUGUAAGAAAUAUUGAGGAGCUCAUUGCUAUACCUUUGCACCCAUAUGGCACUUUCUAUUCUUUUAUCUUAAGCAUGCUGAAGCUUAAUUUUGGGAAGUUGGAUAUGUUGCCUACAUUAUGGUUUUUUGCAGCUGUAGAAAUCACACUUAGGUUUGUAGCAAUUAAAAAAAAAUCAGUUCUAGCUGCUACCAUUGGUAUAAUGUAUCUCAGGUAUGUGGUAUAAGUCGUAUUUCUUUGGUUGUAAUGUGAAUAUUUAAUACAUGUGAAAAACUUACCUUGCCAUGAUCAUUGUGAAUUAGGAAGUAGUGUUGGCUUGUGUAUAGUAAAGAUAUGCAUAGAUUUCUGUAGGCAGUACCAAAACGGAGUAUCAAUGUUCUAGCCCUAGUAAGAUCUCAGACUCUGUUAUGUCAGGUUACAGCUGUAAAUGGAAACUAUUUUAAGAAACAGAUUUUUAAAAUUUGCCCUUAAUAGGGCAUCUCUGUUACUCUGACAGUAGAAACUACCUUCUCAGGACUAUUUAAGAAAAAGUGGAAUUAAUGUUUUUUGAAAAUACCUUUGUAUUUGUGAUCUGCUUCUGGCCUCAUGUAUGUAGUAACUGGAAGUCACACUAUAACGUAAAUAUGGUAAGCAGAAUGUGUUUAUCAGUCAAAGGCAAACUGUCAAAACAUACUGGGGAAGAUAGAGAAGGGAAUGAGUGCUACAUUUCAGGUACAAAGUCCUUCUUUUAAUAAAGGAUUAAACUUCUUUUAAUGCCUAUUGUGCCAGCUUUGUUCAAAUUAUACACAUUUAUAUUGUAUCUCUAUCCCUGUCACAACUGAACAUAUUAGGAGUGACGCAGUUAAAGACACUGAGAACUAAUCUUUUUCUCAGUUAAUUCAUUGCAUGUAAUUUGUGAUUUUUUUUUCUGCAGCAGACAUACAUAAUCCCUCUCUGAAAGAAUAAGCCUAAAUUUUGCUAGUUUACUAGCUCUGCACAGAGGAGAAGUUGAGAUACUACAGGUGAAGGGAAUAGGUGGUAUGCUAGAAAUUGAAGUCAUGCUAUUCUAGUUGUAGCUAAACCAGAUUAAAGAUUAUCACCUGCUACCUCCCCAGGCUAGUUCUGCAAAACAAUAGAAUGGUUUUAUACCCUGGUCAAGCUAGCACAGUCACUUUAACAGGAAUGAUUUACAGAAUGGGCUAUAUACACAGUUGAGCUGUCACUCUGAGGGAUUAUUCUCGCUUAAUUGCCACCAGACCAGUACAGUUACCUGCUCCACUCAAGUUUGUGGGCACUUUGAGAGGUCCCUAUUUUUCUUCUUUACGAGGAUGUGAGGUGGUGGCUUGCAUAUCUUUCAAUCUGCAUGGCUACAAGUGAGGAGAAGCUAUAGCUGUUCUCUUCUUCAACCCUGCAAGAGGAUGUAUAUGAGAAAUUCCACAUAUUGUAAAAUGGGGCCUGUAAAACAGUUAGAGGGAAUGCUUGCAGCUAUUGCUUUUGCUAAACUAAAGCUGAAAGUUACAGCAAGGGAUUUUAAAAACUCAACUCUGAGGCUGAACGUUCUAGCUUUUACACUAAGUUUUAAAUGUUUAACUUAAUUGAAGUUAUUUUAGUAAUAUCUGUGAACUAAAAGAGAUGUUUCUGAAGAAAAGCUAACAAUUUGUUUUCUAGAAAGUCUAUUCAAAUAUUUCAUACAGUAUUAUUGAAAUAAAACAUCUUUCAUGCUCUUGGCUAGCUACUGAUUGAAUUCUGAUUAUUAGAACGACUUGCUGUGUAGUUAUCUUUGUAUGUAUUCUCCUCACCCGCCACCCUGAACGAUUGUGGUGAACACACAAAUGCAUUAAUAUUUUGGUUUACAAUACUUAAAAGUUUGAUUACCUUUGAUUUAAAUAGAAGUUCAGAAGAUAAUUUUUGUGUUUAAUAUUUUCUUUACUGUACUCAAGUCAUUGCUAGCACACUGGUUAAGUUGAAGUGAAUCACUGUAGAAAAUCAGUAUACUAGCUCAACUAUCAAAAUGCUGAGAUUAAU